AACUUAGGCACAGAACAGUGGUUCAUCUCUGGGAGACUUAUUUUCAAUACCUUACACUUACCCUUACACUGUGUAAAAAAACGCAUAUUUAACAAACUACUAAAGGCUACUAUUCUUAAAAUUUUGUCUUACAACUUGCAACAACUUUGACUCCUGUCUUAAGAUGAUGUUGGAUUAGUCGUGUUGGUUUGCUGGCCAGAAUCAGAUUCAAAGAGAGGAUGUCAGCUCUUUGUUGUUCACUAUUGUUGAGGAAGUUGGAAAAGCAAGUUGACAAAUUCUAAAUCACACGAGAGUAUAGCUCUACAGUUUUUUUUAAAGAAUUAUAAGUUUAGACUGCUAUAAUAGAUAAGUGCUUGAACAAGCCGAGAAAAGGUGUUCCGUCGACGAAAUCGAAAUCGAAGUGAAGUUUGAAUCAAGCUCUUUAUGAAUAGAAGACAUCAUUUCCAGAAUUUAUGGAACAAAUAAAUAAUAAGAUUUUGUGUAUGUGGUGAUUUGUGUACGUGUUGGUUUUGUGAUUUAAAGGAAAACUACAUGAAAGUGCUGGUGUUGGACCUAUAAUUCUAUUUAACUAUGAUUUGAAUAUUAUGUUCUCGACUUUGAUAAGAUUUUGUUUUGAUAAAAAAUCAAGCCCUGCAGUAUUAAGGGAUCCGCUGCUGGAUGGUGUUCUGAAACAGAGGAUAAAAGUGGACCGAGGAAACUGAGGCGUCACCGUGUGUGAGGAGAGGAAGCUGGAAAGAUGAAGCUGCCAGCUCCUGGCGUUUCAUCAUCAUGGUACUACACAUAGUGCUUCCAGAGCCACUUCAAAGUCGGAUGCAACAACACCAUCACCACAAUCCAGACAAUGAAGACGCUCCGCCAAAGGUGCUCUACUGCAAUAAGAAACUAUGGCUCACACGACCCACUUCUGUGGAAACCAUCGCCAGAAUGGAUGAGCCACGUUUCUGUAAUUUCGUUAUGAAAACAGACUACAAACCGGACCCACAGCAGCCCCCGCUACAUGCCGAGCCAUGCCCAAGACAAUGUCGUGUUCAAAUGCCAACGUGCCACAAACAACCACCCACCCCCACCGACAGACGCCUAAAUAUUGACAUUUAUCCAAUAACCACUGCGGAGAAGAGAGCCCUGUUUAAGGGCUACUUGACAAUAAUUUUAAGCUGCAUCUAUGCCAUUUUUAUCCUCAUGUUGGGAGUCGUCGUCUACAUUGCGGAUCUUAUAUCACGUACAGCCAUACUUGCCGAGGUAUUCAGCGUCUACCUGGUUGCUCUGGGAUUAUCUUGGCUUAUUUUCUUGUACUGUGACAUUCGACGACAUCAGAACCGUAUUCGGGACCAGGCUGCAGAAGGGAAGACAAAGGCAGGCAGCGGCGGCGGGGGCGGCGUUCCUCAUCCCCAUGGAGAUAAGCCCGUGCCAACGAGUAAACCAACGUCGGAGCAACAGCGCCAUCAGAAUGGCAAGACUCCGAGUAACAACAACAGUAAUAAUAAUCACGGGAAGCAGAGAACAGCACAAAACGGUUCGUCGUCAUCUUCGUCCAACCCAGCGGCUUUUCGACUCGGCUCCAAUGCUGCUCAAGAGUCGACCUUCAAUCGUCAUGCUUACAUCUUUUGUCACAGCCGACACUCGGGAUCCUUCUACUUAAAAAUUGGCGCAGCAGGAUUCUGUUUUGGACAUUUAAUUCAUUCGGGACUUCUAUUGUGUCGGCAAAUAAUCUUCUUUACGUCUGACGAUGACAGAGUCUAUAAUCGAUGUGCAAAUUUGGCCAACUUAACGCUGGAUGUGCUUUUCCCUAUUUACUCGUUUCUGUUACUUUUUGUAAUCUUCAAAUAUUCCAAUGUUAUUAUCAAUCGCCAUAAGGAGCUCUCAAGGUUUGCACUCAUGCAUUGCAUCUCGUCAAGUUUGUGCUUCUGGUUUUGGAGCAUUCUGAGAGAAACUGCUGAAAGUAUAUUAAAGCCUCCCCAUCACAAAAUGGCUGAAGGGAAUUCCUCCGAAAAGCAUUACUAUCACUAUCCUCGAGCACACAAUGGAUUGCCAUUGGAAUUUCCGACAAAUAAUUCAAGCAAACACGGUGCUCCUCCUCCGUAUCACGCCCUUCCUUUAGGAUCCGAAGCAGACUCUCAAAGCAGCGUGUUUGACUUUCUAAACGCGUCAUCUGCAAUCUCAACGUUCUAUGAUCCCUGCGUCGAGUUCUCCUCAAUAUCCGAGCUCGUUGUGAAGAUGUCCCCGUAUCUCUACCCCUUCAGUAUUGAGUAUAGCAUUUUAAUCGUCGGCGUGCUGUUCAUUAUGUGGCAAAAUAUAGGUAAGGGGCAGGACAUUAUGAGGAAGAGGACGCGAUUUCGCGACUCCAACCAAGGGCCCUCCCAUCCAUCCCCCGUCACCAGUUUUACCAACCAUCUCAUCAUUCAUGCCGAUUGUCACGCGGCCAACAAAGGUCUCUUCGCCGGUCUGCUCAUCCUGGUGGGAACUGUGAUCAGUGUCAUCAUCUUUUACAUUGCUCUGGACGACUUUCGCAGUGGGUUUGCCGCCCAGUGGGUCAAUUUAACGUCACAAGCCGUACUGCUUGUCAUCAUGAUUAUCACAGUUUUGUGCGCCUACCGCCAAAUUACCAAGUUGGACAUCAACAUUCAUGCUGUGUCUUUGUUGGACGAUUUACUCCUGUUCCUGUGUCUACCCUCGUUCUUUCUUUACACAAUUUUCACCGUCGUGCCCGCCAUGGCACAUCAGGAUUAUUAUGCCAUCGUGGUUUGCAGUUUGCAGGUGAUUCAAGUGAUCCUUCAAACCCCAUGUAUUAUUGAUGGUUUGCGACGAUGCAGCAACUCUGAAGAGUUACGACGUGCUAAGCCAGGCCGGGAGCUGGUGACUUUUCUCAUCGUCUGCAACCUGGCAAUGUGGAUCAUCGAGACGUUCGAAAUCAAAUCCGUGUACGCUCAACACGAGCAGAUUUCAUUUUAUGGGAGCAUUUUGUGGACCCUUUUGAGUCACAUGACUCUUCCUCUCACGCUCUUUUAUCGCUUCCACUCCUCCGUGUGUUUGGUCGACAUAUGGAAAUCUGCGUAUGAGAGCACGUCAUAAAUUAGUUUAAAUUUAUUCUUAGUUUUAAAGUGGUUAGUUAGUUUGUAGUGGAUUCGUUGAUAUAUAUUUUUUAUUAAUGACAUAAUACCGAUUAUGAAGCCAAGUACAAAAUGUUUUUUGGGAGAAUAACUAAUUAAUUAUGUAUUUUUGUAAUAAUUUACCUCUUGGUGUCCUGGCAUGAAUAUUUUGAUGAAAAUAAUAUAUAAUUUUCUUUUGAGAGAAGAUAAAUGAAGCGAGAAAAUUUAUGAUGUAAUGAAUAAUCGAGUGAAAAAAGUCGUAAAAUUCCAAAUUUCAUCACCCGUUUCUACCACAUGUAACAUACGUAUGUAGCCAAUAAAGUUGAGGAUAUUGAGACGGGUUCCAACUCA